UCGUAGUCCAAAAUUUCCCAACCCCAUGGCAAAAUUUCUCAUGAUCGUAUAUUUUUUUUUGCGCCAAAAGUGGAGGAUUCGGUUUGAUAUUAUUCUGAUACUGACAAGGACAAUCUAUAAAUUAAAAAAUUUUGACUUGUAUAAAUCUGUCGCAAAGCAUAAACAUAAAUACGACAAAAUAUCGGAAAAUUUGCAAAAAUAUGCAGAUAGUGAAGGCAAACUGAAUUUUGAGCUUAGAAAAUUUGUAGAAAAGAAAAACGAAAUUAAGAAUAAAUAUGACGAGGAUUUAAAAAAUGCGCAAGAUUCUGUGAAGGAUUUUUCAAAUUUUAUUGGUUUAAUUGAAAUAAUUGAGGCAAAACCAGAAAAUUUUAAAAAGAAAAUAAUUGGACAGAUAAAAGCACAUUUUUUGAAAGACAAUGAAAAAGUUGAGGAAAAAUAUAUUGAAGUAAUUAUGGAUAUGAUAAAAAAAUAUAAAAAUUAUGUUACUGAAAAAAACGAAAAAGUAAAAAAUUUAUUAGCUAUGUAAUGCCAAAAUUUAUAAAAAUCCAAAAUAGGCCUGUUCUCGGGAACGUGUGUUUAAAUAACUGUCGCUUAGGGAUGUGGAGUGUGACCAUUUGCAAGGGAACCGAUAUUACGGAGACAAGUAGUUGAGGGGAGUUUGUAGAAAGGUAUAAAGGAA